AUGAAGUUGAAUUCAGCUAUUCGUGGUUUGGUAGCUUGUUUGUUAUUUGUUUGCUCCACAUGUGAAGCAUCCAUAGCAAAAGUUUCGCCUUCAAGCAGCAAAAGAACACUUAUCAUAUAUGACAAAAAGAUCACCGAUCUUCGAGCAUACUCCGAUUAUUUCGAGAAUCUGGCUCAAUUGGAGCUCGAUUUGGAGUUUGUUUCUGUUGUAAAUGACACGAAAGACAUUGAGCUUUUCGACAAAGGAGUGAAGCUAUAUUCAAACGUUGUCCUCUUUCCAUUAAGGUCUAGAAAAAUCAGUAAGGACGUCACGGCGGAGACUCUAAUCAGAUUUUCCGCGGCUGGUGGGAAUGUUCUGGCUAUUACCUCACCACAAAGCUCUACAGAAGCAGUUAGAACCUAUUUGAAUGAGUUAGGUAUUUACCCAAGUCCUAAAGGCUAUCAAUUAUCUGAUCAUUUCCAAUCAAGACAGGAUGGCACAUUGCAACUUGAUGAGAAAAGCAUCCGCAGUAACGAAGUCAUUUCCGCAGACGGUAAUGCACUUCUUUAUAAUGGUUCUGCUGCUUUGCUGAAAAACAGCGAGCUACUCUUUCCCGUUCUAAGAGCGCCAAAGACUUCAUUCACCAAAAGCAGCAGAGAUGAGGGAGAAUGGACAACUGGCACCCAGGGUUUUCUAGCUGCAGGUUUUCAAAGUUUAAAAAACGCGAGGGCCGCAUGGGUUGGAAGUGAAUCCUUUUUUAGUAAUGCGUUCUACGAAGUUAACGCCAAAGCUGUGAUGGAUAUUACAAAGUGGGCUUUCCUUGAAAAAGGUGUGAUCCGCUCGCUGGGCGCUUCCCACUCGCACAGAGAUGGAAGCACAUAUAAUGAGGAGCCAUACAAGAUCAAGGAUGAUAUUAUCUACACAAUUGGCUUAAGUGAGUGGCGGGACGGUAGUUGGAAACCAUUUAAUUCCGACGACGUUCAGCUCGAGAUUAAGAUGAUAGACCCAUACUACCGUGUUACGUUGAAUCCAUCAAAUGCAACAGAGGAAGUCCAAUUCUACACUUCUGGAGAAAUAAAGCUACCUGAUCAUCAUGGUGUCUUCUCCUUCAUUACCGACUACAAAAGAAAUGGCUACUCCUUCGUGUUCGAGAAAGACGUUAAAGCAAUUCGUCACCUUGCUAACGAUGAGUACCCAAGAAGUUGGGAAAUCUCCAAUUCCUGGGUAUAUCUGACCUCUAUUUUUGCUGUGGGCCUUUCUUGGAUGCUUUUCGUAUUUUUCUAUCUCACAUCGAGGCCAAAGUCGCUUGCCAUGCCGGAGAAGAAAAUGCAAUAG